AACAAUCAAUACAACUAAGAAAGAGGGGCCAGCAAGCUCAUCAAGAUCUUGGACUUCAAAAUGUUAUGUGAAGCUGUCCAUGUUUGUGUCUUCAUCUGAUAAACGGUACCAAAGAUGUUGCUUUCAAAUGGUAGCUGAACUCAUACGUAUAUAUGAUAAAGAAAACGAAGGGCAUACAACCAGGCAUGUAUGGUAUCUUAUUUUUUAAGAGUAAAUGGCCAGCUCAAAACAAAAUCUCCCCUAGGAAUCAUAAAUUUUUUCUUUAAUUAGUAGAAAAAAUUACGUGGAGAACAGACAUAAUACAGGAUUCAGUUUCUGUUUUUAUGAUUUUAAUUGUCCAAGAUCCUUUGUAAAUAUCUAAUAGUUUCGGCAAAUAAUUAAAUACAUAAAUGAAUCUUCUAAGCUCUAAUAGAAUUUGAAUGAAUUCUGAAGCCAACCAACCACCUUGAACAGCUAGGAAUUUUAGAGUAUCCUAUUAAUUAUUGGCGAAAACAAUGUGGAGAUUGCUACAAUGCUACUGCAUCAUAUAUAGCUCCAAAACCCAUCUUUCUUUUUAUUGCAAUUCCCACCAGAAACGAAAGAUAAAUUUCCGAAAGCAAAAGUAAGGGAAACAAAGACUCAACUUUCUCGAGCCAAUUUAGCUUUCGUUCUCCUCCCUAUGAAUUUCCCACAAGGAUUAAAUCCAGAUGAAGGAUCUCCAGAAUGGAUGAACAAGGCAGACAGCGCAUGGCAACUAACAGCAACCACGAUGGUCUGCCUACAAAGUGUUCCUGGGCUAGUCAUUCUAUAUGGAAGCAUGGUCAAGAAAAAAUGGGCUGUCAACUCUGCCUUCAUGGCCUUCUAUGCCUUUGCCGCGGUGCUAGUCUGUUGGGUCUUAUUGGCCCAUCAAAUGUCCUUUGGGGCCAAGAUGAGCCCACUGGUAGGGAGACCUGGCUCUGCAUUGUCAGAAAAACUUCUCCUUGGACCGUCUAGGAGGGGUUUGGUCCCAGUGGCUGAUUUUGUGUUUUACCAAUUUGCUUUUGCUGCUAUUACUGUUAUAUUGCUGGCAGGUUCUUUACUUGGGAGGAUGAACUUCUAUGCAUGGAUGUUGUUUGUUCCUCUAUGGCUGUUUUUCAGUUACACUGUUGGUGCCUCAACUAUCUGGGGUGAUGGCUUUCUUGAAAGACGUAUAAUUGAUUAUGCUGGUGGCUAUGUAAUUCAUCUUUCCUCUGGGGUGGCUGGUUUCACUGCUGCAUAUUGGGUAGGACCAAGGCAUUCACAUGAUAGGCAAAACUUUCCACCAAACAACAUAAUUCACAUGUUAGGAGGUGCAGGGUUCCUAUGGCUGGGAUGGACAGGUUUCAAUGGUGGAUCUCCUUUUGCUGCUGGCUUGGUUGCUUCGUUGGCCAUUUUCAACACUCAUCUUUGCACUGCAACCAGCCUCUUGGUAUGGGUUUCCCUGGACAUGCUUUUUUACAGGAAAAGUUCUGUCAUUGGUGCUGUCCAGGGGAUGAUCACUGGACUUGUUUGCAUCACUCCCGGUGCAGGGAUAGUGGAACCAUGGGCAGCACUAUUGAUGGGAGUAAUGUCUGGUUCAAUUCCAUGGUACACAAUGAUGGUGUUGCACAGGAGGUUUGCGUUCUUCCAAAGCGUGGACGACACAUUGGCUGUCUUCCACACGCAUGCUGUGGCUGGACUUUUGGGAGGAAUUCUUUCUGGCAUCUUCGCUAAGCCUGCCCUUCUAAAGUUGAUGUACCCAGACACCACGUACCAUACAGGAUUAAUUUAUAGUUUCAGUGGCGGAAGACAUGCGGAUGGCUUUAAGCAGAUGGGCAUCCAACUUUUGGGAGCUGCUUUUAUUACUGCUUGGAAUGGAGGCGCUACAAGCUUAAUUUGUAUUCUGAUAAGCCGCAUUGUCGAUCUUAGGAUGAAGGAAGAUGACCUAGAAAUAGGUGAUGAUGCUGUGCACGGUGAAGAAGCCUAUGCGCUGUGGGGUGAUGGGGAGAGGAUGCCGAAACCUCUUCGUCUGCACAUGCAUCCCAGACUUCCUUACUUCUGCCGACAACGCUUCUGAUAUGUCCAUCAGAACUGGAUACGUAAUGCGUAUCUAAUAAGUUGCAAUGCAUUACCAUGGAAUAAGGCAGUAUUGCUUAUUGGUUCAUUGCUGCGGCACUUAUCCACUUUUCGUUGGAUUAUUGCUGCUUGCAUCAUGUAAAUUUACAAGUUGGAAAAGAAAAUAGAUGUGAUUGUUGUCAGAAAGAGAGGCAUCUUAUCAUUAUGUAUCUUGCAAAUUGGCAAUUCGUAA